ACCUGCCUUCCCCAGAUGUGACGGGAACGAACCGGAAGCAUAGCAUCAUCGCAUAUAGGCCCGUUCUCCCCGUCCACCUCGUGCCGACUUUCUUAAACCCGAUUCUUGUCUGUCCUCUGGACUACUCUUUAAGGUAAACCCAUAUCCACUUGACCGAAUUUCCAGGUCAUUUCCCUUUGUAUCUAUUGCUGUGUCUCUUUUUCCUUGUCUUUUUAUAUACUCUCAUCCAAUUAUACCAAACAACAUGGCGUCUCCCCCUGCUUCUCCACGCUUCGCCGCCGCCACGAAAUCCUCGUCCCGCCGAACCAGUCCCGUUCGACGAACGUCCUCUGACGUUCCUCCGACGUCGACGCCGACGCGCUCCGGUCGUCCUGGAACGCCCACUAGAGGAGGUCGCCCGACGACGCCGACAAUGGUCCGUCGCCGUCCUUCCAACGCGACGCUGGGCCGUCGCUCCUCGACGGCAUCGCUGAACCAGCCUGAGCGCCCAAUCACCCCAAACGAGCCUGUAAAGCAAAAGAAGCAAUCGCCUCGAUCUUCCAAGGCAAAGCCUGAAAUGGUCGAGCCCCAGGCUGAGAGCGAGGAGAAUCGCCCCGUUACGCCGCCGGCCAACCCUCUGACGGCUGUGCCCGAGAGCCCGGAGGUGGAUACACCCAUCAUCGCCAUCCCGAAGCCGCGAUCUCGGCAGGUGUCCGGCGUGAGCCCCGCAACUACUCCGCAGAGGGCCGUUAUGCCCCGGUCUCGCCAAGUGUCUGGCGUGAGCACUGUGACUACCCCUAGGGCUCCUACACCGCGGUCUCGACAGGUCUCUAGUGCGACUACCGUUACUGCUUCUACGACUGCGAAGCCCGACUUGGCAGAUGCCCCUGCAGUAGUUGAAGCUCCCGCAGUUGUCGAGGCUCCCCCUGUCAUCGCGGCUCCGACGGUCGAAUCUACUCCUGCAGUUGCAGAGCAUCCAGCAGCCGCUCAACUCCCCGGAACCGCCCAGGUCCCGAGUGUUGCAGGGCCUCCAAAAGUCACCGAGACCCCGGUGGUCGCUUCGGCGCCAGUGGUUGCUCCUUGCCCUGCUGUGCUUCCUACCCCAAACGUUGCCGCUCAUCCUGCAACUGCGCCUCUUCCAACAGCUGCUCCUCUUCCGGCGAUAGCUGCUCGUCCCACAGUGGCUACCCGUCCGGUGGUUGCCCCUCUACCGGAAGUUGUCCGGAGCCCGGCCGUUGCUCCGCGUCCACAGGCUGCCCCGGUGCCGCCUCCCGGGCCGCUCCCCGGCUUGGCUCCCACGCCUCCUACUGCUCCUCUGCCGCCCCUUGCUGCUCUUCCAGCGGUUGCCCUGGCCCCCAUCGUUGCUCGAGCCCUGAUCACUGCCCUAGCGCCUCGGACUGCCGCAGUCCCUCAUAUGGCUUCAUUGCCUACGUCCGCCAAGGUCCCAGAAUCCAUUCUUGCUUCCACCCUUCCGCCGAAGACCGUGGUCGCCCUCCCCGCCCCUCGCCUCCGCCAUUUAUAUCAGGCGUAGAACCUUACUGCAGUCCAAGAUGUGACAGUGGUCCAACGUCUUGGAGGUCACCCCAAAAUUGAAAAUUGUGCUGCUGUGGUUCCAGCACGUCACU